AUGACACCGACCCAUGCAUUCUUUAACCACGUAUCCCUCUUUUUCCACCGUGGAUUUCUGCUUCGUAAACAUAUAUAUCGUCGUCUCUUCAACAACACCCUUUCUUCUUCCUCAGCUUCUGGAUCUGAACUCGGCCAAGAGAAAGUCAUGCAUCAAACAAACAUGGUCAAGGCCAAUUCUAACUUGCAUAAAAGAAAGUCUAGUGAUGGACAUUCUUCUGCAUUCAAGCAGCCAGAGGAUAACAUUAGUAGAGACGAAAACUAUAAUGAGGAUGAAGAUAACAAUGAUGUUGGAAAAUACAUGGAUGAAGAAAAAGCAGGAGGAGAUUAUGAUGCAGUGGAUGACUAUCAAGACAAAGACUUACCAGGAGAUGAAGGUCCAACUGCUACAGAGGAGCAACCUCACAAGGGUCUGGUGACAAAAUUUGCAGCUGAAAAGAAUAAGCCUAGACAUUUCAUCCAUGGAUAUCACUUAAUACAAGGACAGAUGAACCAUGGAAUGGAAGACUAUAUUUUUGCUAAACACAGGAAUCUUGAUGGCUACGACUUAGGGUUGUAUGCAAUAUUUGAUGGUCACUCCGGUCAUGAAGUUGCAAAAUACUUGCAAAGCCAUCUAUUCGAAAAUAUACUGAGUGAGCCUGGUUUCUGGGAAUAUCCAGUGCAAGCUGUUAAGAAAGCAUGCAAAGCGACAGAUGAUGAGAUUUUAGAAAACAUAGCUGAUUCACGUGGAGGUUCAACAGCUGUUGUAGCAAUACUAGUCAAUGGAGUAAAGCUACUGGUAGCCAAUGUUGGUGAUUCUCGAGCAAUAUCAUGCAAAAAUGGUCUAGCAAAACCACUUACUGUAGAUCAUGAUCCAGAGAAGGAAAAAGCUCUUGUUGAGAGCAGAGGGGGUUUUGUGUCUAAGAGACCCGGGAAUGUUCCAAGAGUGGAUGGCCAAUUAGCAAUGACUCGGGCAUUUGGAGAUGGAAAACUGAAGGAGCACAUUACUGCAGAACCAGAUGUGACCAUUCGGAAGAUUGAUGAAGACACUGAAUUCAUCAUUUUGGCAAGUGAUGGUCUGUGGAAGAACCAUGGUCUGCACAAGCAGGUUAUGACAAAUCAAGAGGCUUGUGACAGUAUCAAGAAUGCGGAUGGUGCGCAGAAAGCAUCUAAGAAGUUAGUUAAAGAAGCUAAAUCUCUGGGAAGCUACGAUGAUAUUUCAUGCAUAGUGAUAAUGUUCUAG